AUCAAUCGACCCCAGCCUCACUUGACUUUACUUGCACUGUACAGUACUGUGGGAGCUCUGCUGUGGGAGAUUUGUUUUCGGUGAGAUGAAGGAUCAGUCAGCAGACAGCACACAAGAUAAAUUGGAUCCAUACCUCAUUCAGAACAAGGAGAGGCAUUCUACUUCUAGCAGCAAUACUAUUGCCAAUAGCUCAACUUUCUGGGUUGGUUUCUUACUGGUGCAAGCUAGUCUCCUAGUAUGUCUGGCCAGUCUGCUCAGUACUGGUUACAUUGGCAACCUGCAAGGGUGUGUGAAGGAUGGCAGUGAUUGGGGGGCUAAUGUCAACAUUGACGGCCACACUGUGUCAGUGCUUAGCUGGUUCGAUGAUCAGCUCAAGUCGGAUAAUAUCAAGAACAACCUGCACACCUUGACUGAGAAGCCUCACAUUGGAGGCAGUGAAGAGAACCAUCAGCUAGCUGUGAUGAUCUACCAACAGUGGGAAGGAUUCAUGUUCGACAAAGUGGAACUAGUCAACUAUUCGGUUCUGCUCAGCUACCCCAACACGAGCAAUCCCAACGUGCUGCAAUUGUUGAAUGCUAAGAAUGAACUACUCUACAAUUCUCAUUCGAAACAGGAGCCACCUUUGACCCCUGGUGAAGACGACCCCAAUGUGGCUCCACCUUUCAAUGCUUACUCUGGAAGUGGGAAAACUUCAGGUCCACUGGUGUAUGUGAACUAUGGCACUAUCAACGAUUUCCUGUAUCUGACACAAAACCUCUCUCUGGACCUAUCCAACCACAUCUGUAUGGUGCGGUAUGGCCAGAUCUUCAGGGGAGAUAAAGCUCGCCUGGCUCAACAUUUCAACUGCAGUGGUCUGCUCAUCUACUCUGAUCCGCAAGACUAUGCGCCCAAGGGCGUGCCAGUAUACCCUGAUGGACCUAGUCUACCACCAGGGGGCGUACAGAGGGGUACGCUGAAAAAUCCUGGAGACCCCCUUACUCCCGAUGUCCCUGCAAUUGAGGGAAUGUAUCGUCGGCCUUACAGUGAAGUGAUAGAUGAGGAGUUAGUUCCCCGGAUACCAGUGCAGCCAAUAUCUUAUGGAGAUGCCGCUCACUUCAUGAGCCAACUCGAAGAUUACACUCCACCUCCUGAAUGGAUUGGACAGCUGUCCGGAAUUAGCUACAAAAUCAUGCAGAAUUCCAAAAAUACCAAUGUGACCUGUCUCCAAGUGAACAACUAUCAGGAACAGAGAACCAUCUACAAUGUCAUAGCCACCAUCUAUGGUCGAGUAGAGCCAGACAGACAGGUGAUCUUGGGUAACCAUAGAGACGCCUGGGUGUUUGGAGCAGUGGAUCCCAACUCAGCAACGGCUGUUCUCAUGGAGAUGGCUAGAACACUCGGUAUACUGAGGCAAAACAAAUGGAGACCCGGUCGUACCCUUAUCCUGUGCAGCUGGGAUGCUGAGGAACCGAUGUUAGUGGGUUCAACAGAGUGGGUCGAGGACAAAGGAAAGUUACUGGGGGCCAACGCUCUUGCUUAUCUGAAUGUGGACCUUUCUGUGGAAGGCAACCAGUACCUGAAGGCUCAGGCUAGCCCUGUCUUGUUCAAUACACUGUGGCAAGCAGCAACGCUGGUCAAGUGUCCCGAUGAAAAGUUCACCACUGUCUAUGAUCAGUGGAUGCACUUCACAUCCAAGAACUACAAUGGAACUACUAGACCACUCAUAUUUGACCUAUCCUCGGGAACUGACUACACAGCGUUUCUACAAAAACUCGGAAUAUCAUGUAUAUCGAUGGCUUACGAGAAUGCGACUGACUAUGCAGUCUACCAUUCAGUCCACGACAACUUCUACUGGAUGUCUCAUUUCGGGGACCCUGACUUCACCUAUCACGUUACUAUGGGCCUUGUCUGGAUGAAGACUGCGAUACUGUUGACUACUACUCCAUUACCAUCGUAUGACCCCAGGCGCUAGGCACUUUGGAUUGAAGUGAGGGAGAUUUUCAACAGUCUGGAAGAGCACUAUGGAAGCACCCUGAAGGCACAGAACAUCUCUUUGGGCUACCUAAACGCCUCAGUGUCGGACUUUAGUACUGGUUGUGUGAGAAUGUGGGAGGAUGUACAGAGAGUGGUUCAAGAUGGCCCUCCAUCAGAGAACAUUGUACGCAUCAUCAUUGACAAGUACAUGAACGUAGAGAGAGCCUUCAUACAUCCAGAAGGACUGCCUGGAAGAUCUUACUUCAAACACGUCGUCUUUGCUCCAAGCUCAGUCAACAGUUAUGGCAGUUCCUUGUUCCCUGGAAUCUCAGACACAAUCUUUGAGGCCACUCAGUCGGGAAAGGAGGAGGACUGGAAUAAAGUACGGAGACAGAUGGAUAUCGUCAGGAACCAUCUAAGAUAUGCUACCAUGAUUAUAAACGAACCCAGUUUAGCGUAUCAUUUGGAUUCGUAACGUAACGUUUAUUUUCUGCCUUAAUUGUAGUUGUAAUUGUCACGAGAAAAUGAUUUAUCCAAGCUUUCGAGA